AUGAUUGAUGAAGGGAAGCUUACCCUCGAUCUGGAGAGAUAUAUCAUUGCCACCUUGGAUGAUUGUCUAGAAAAGGAUAUGUUGGUUCUCGGAGAUCCAGAAAUCAUCACAACGAUAGUAGAUGUUAUACAAGACCACGCACAGGGAGUGUUUUUCUGGGCCGGUCUAUGUAUCAGAGAGUUGUGUGAGCAGAACUGUGAUGAAGACAUACUGGACGCGUUGAAACGCCUUCCACGUGGCCUGGCUGAGCUUUUUGACUCAAAGAUUCACCGAAUUAAGCAAAGCAAUGUUUCUCAUCUGGCAAUGGACUUACUCUGA